AUGCUGACAGUCGUGACUCGCGAACCUCCAGUGUUAUUGUGAUAGUGAUGGUAAAGUGAUAGCGAUCCUUAUGUGAUAUGUUCAUAAUGUUGUGACUUGGGUUCAACAUUCGAAAAUAUUCCGCAUUCAAUAAUUCGAAUUCGGCCGUUAGUUUUUCUCAAUAGUUUCAACAGUUUUUUUUUUGUGACAAAAUAUAACACAAAAAUAAUUAGACCUUCGUUUCAUUUAAACUGUAAUCGUAUGAAUAUUUUUCAAAAUGUGUGAUCAAGUGUUACCAGCUACACCCGUUCAAAAAAAUAAAAGAGGCAAGGUAAUUCGAAGUAAACAAAAAAUACUAGUUAUAAAACUGUAUAAGAGAAAGAAGGCAGAUAAACCUGACAUAUUAUACAAACAGUUAGUAAAAGAAUUAAUGACUGAAACUGGAAUUGGAAGAAAUAGUAUUGAAAAAAUGAUUUCAGAGUAUAAUGCGAACAAAACUAUUUCUUCACCAAUUAUGAAGAAAAUCAGACCAAAAAUUAUUGAAGUGAUCGAUGAUUUUUAUAAAAAUGCCAUUCGUCAAAAAGUACAUUCAUUUUGGCAUAACCGUGACCCACCAACGCUGGAUAAAAUCGUAAAUUCUGUCUCUGAAGACGACAGCUUACCUACAUUGAAACGGACAACCAUGUACAAUCUUCUUAAAGAUUUAAAUUUUGUUUAUACGAAAUGGAAACGAAAUAGUGUUUUAUCUGAGAGAGAAGAUUUAGUUGUGUGGCGUCGAAAUUAUUUACGAAGUAUAAAAGCAUACCGAGAAGAAGGACGAACAUUAUAUUAUUUGGGAGAGACGCGAUGUAAUGACUGUUCACAAAAUACAUGUGUAGACAAUUCCAUAAAAUCAAAUACAAAUGCAUUUCGAAAAAAAAUAACAACAGGUGCUAGCAACCCAACUAGCAAAAGCAAAUACUUUAUUAUUAUUGUACACAUAGGUUCACGAGAAGGGUUUGUUAAAGGAGGUCUAACUUGUUUUGAAUCUAAGACUAAUAGCAAUGACUACGAUAGUGAAAUUAACGGUGAAAAUUUUUUAAAAUGGUUUAAUAAUAUUUUGCCUUUUUUAAAUGACAAUGCAGUCAUAAUAAUGGACAAUGCUCCUUAUCAUUCCGUUAGGACAGAACAAAUUCCAGUAUCGUCGUGGAAAAAGGCAAAUAUUAUGAAGUGGCUCCAAGAGAAAAAUAUUCAUGUUGAUAAUUCGUAUGUGAAAGCAGAGCUAUUAGAUCUAGUUCAAAAACAUAAGCUGGCGUUCGAUAAGUAUGUUGUGGACGAAAUCGCUAAGGCAGCUAAUAAAAUUGUAUUGCGACUACCGCCGCACCAUAGCGAGUUAAACCCUAUCGAAGAAGCCUGGUCUAUGGUUAAGGGAUAUGUAAAAGAUAAAAAUAACACAUUAAAAUGCAGCGAUAUGAAACAAUUGCUGAUUGAAGGUGUUGAAUCGGUCACAGCGGAAAAUUGGCGACAUUUCGAAAAUCACACAAUCAAAGAAGAAACUAAAUUCUGGGAAAUAGACAAUAUAAUUGACGACUUCGUUGAUGAUGAGUAUACUUCUACAUUUAAAAUCGAAUCAUCGAGUGACAGUGAUGAUGAUAUGUAAUUUUUUUAAUUAAUACAUUAAGUAAUAACAAAUAUAUUACACGUAAGU